AUGUUAAGAGUUAAUAAGAAUUUUGGCAAAAACUUAAUAAGCGCAGUAACGCGAAAAGGGACGCCAUGUUUGAGUAAAAGUUGUUUGAAUUUUUCAACAAAAAUAAGUCCAGUAGAAAUAUCAAAAAUAUUGGAAAAGAAAUUUGAAAAUUUUGAUUUUAAAACAAGUGCAAAUGAAGUCGGAUAUGUAUUAAGUGUAGGAGAUGGUAUAUGUCGAGCCUUUGGAUUAAAUAAUGUAAAAUCAUCGGAGCUAGUAGAAAUUCAUAAUGAAGAAGAUAAAAGUAAUGUAACAUAUGGUAUGGCAACUAAUUUGGAAUAUGAUAAUGUUGGUAUUGUUAUAUUUGGCAAUGAUCGAAAUAUAAAAGAAGGUGAUAUUAUAAAAAGAACUAAUCGUAUUAUAGAUGUAAAUGUGGGUUAUGAAUUAUUAGGUCGAGUAGUAGAUGCAUUAGGAAACGAAAUCGAUGGAGAAAAAAAAAUAGAAACAAAAGAAAGAAGAAAGAUUGAAGUUAAAGCACCAGGUAUUAUAGCAAGAAAAAGUGUUAAUGAAUCUAUUAUUACUGGAAUAAAAUGUAUAGAUAGUUUAGUUCCUAUUGGUAGAGGACAAAGAGAAUUAAUUAUAGGAGAUAGACAAACUGGGAAAACAGCUAUAGCUAUAGAUGCUAUAAUUCAUCAAAAAAAUAUAAAUGAUAAAGUUCCAGAUAAUGAAAAAGUAUAUUGUGUAUAUGUAGCAAUUGGACAAAAAAAAAGUAAUAUAGCUAAAUUGGUAAAUUUAUUAAAAAAAUAUGAUGCAUUAAAAUAUACAAUUAUAGUUAAUUCAAGUGCAUCUGAUGCAUCACCAUUACAAUUUUUAGCACCCUAUACAGGAUGUGCAAUGGCUGAAUUUUUUAGAGAUAGAGGAAAUCAUGCAUUAAUAAUAUAUGACGAUUUAAGUAAACAAGCAGUUGCAUAUAGACAAUUAUCUUUAUUACUUAGAAGACCACCAGGUAGAGAAGCAUAUCCUGGUGAUAUAUUUUAUAUUCAUUCCAAAUUAUUAGAAAGAUCAUCAAAAUUAAAUGAUACUUUAAAAGGUGGUAGUUUAACUGCAUUACCUGUUAUUGAAACAUUAAAUAAUGAUGUAUCUGCUUAUAUUCCUACUAAUGUUAUAUCAAUUACUGAUGGUCAAAUAUUUUUAGAAAGUGAAUUAUUUUAUAAAGGUAUAAUACCUGCUAUUAAUGUUGGUUUAAGUGUAUCUAGAAUAGGAAGCAGUGCACAAUAUAAAUGCAUGAAAAAGUUGGCUUCUUCUAUGAAACUUGAAUUAGCUCAAUUUCGAGAAAUAGUUGCUUUUUCUCAAUUUGGUUCUGAUUUAGAUGCAUCUACUAAAAAAUUAAUUGAAAAAGGAAAAAUUCUUACAGAAAUUUUAAAGCAAAAACAGUACUCUCCUGUUAAUAUAAGUUAUCAAAUAUGUUUAAUUUAUGCAGCAACCAAAGAUUAUCUAGCUAAUUUAAGUAUAGAUCAGGUUCAAAAUUUUGAGACACAAUAUUUUGAGUACUUAGAUGCAAAUUAUUCUGAUACUUUGAAGAAAAUUCAAGAAAACUGUGAUUUAUCUGAAGUUGAGGAUCAGAUAAAGGACAGUAUUCAGAAAUUUCUAGAAAUUUUUAAAAAGGAAUAA